AUGUCCUACGACAGAACCGAGGUGUACGCUGCGCCAGUCUUGGCGGGCGAGGAAGUCGGAGAAAAUGACAACUCUGAGAUCAUCAAGUCGUUUCACAACUUCAUACUGGAGUUUCGUCUGGACGCACACUUUGUGUACAGAGAGCAGCUUCGAAGCAACCUACUGGUGAAGAACUACUCAGUUACGGUCGACACAGCACACCUGAUCGGCUACAACGAAGACAUAUACAAGAAACUGUGCGACGAGCCCACUGAUGUGCUUCCGCUGUUCGAGCAGGCCGUCACACAGGUCGCGCGUCGUAUCGCUCUUUUAUCACGUGAUCCAAACAUGGAUCCCAACAACCAGCUCGAGGGCGCCGGCGGGACCAGUGAAGAUGCGGACGCGGCUUCCCCAGGGUCAUUGUCAUUCGAAAUCCCCAUUUGCCAGGUCAUACUGAUCUCAGACUCCUCUGAAACGUCGCUGCGUUUGCUGGGCUCAGAGAACGUCUCCAAAAUUGUGCGCGUUAGCGGAAUUGUCGUCUCCGCGUCUGUACUGUCAUCCAGAGCUACUUUCUUAACAUUAAUGUGCAGGAACUGUCGUCAUGUUACGUCCAUGCAUUUGAAUAGUUUCGGUUCGCUGGGCGGCAACCACGUCAGUCUCCCCCGGAACUGUUUAGCGGACCAUUCGCGCGAGACUGGAGGCAAUCCUUGUGGCCAGGAUCCAUACAUGAUUGUUCAUGAAUCCUCGCGGUUUGUUGACCAACAGUUCCUCAAGCUUCAAGAAAUCCCAGAGCUUGUUCCUGUCGGUGAAAUGCCUCGUAAUAUCCUGAUGUCCUGCGACAGGUACCUUACCAACAGAAUCGUGCCCGGCACGCGAGCAACAAUUAUUGGCAUCUAUUCUAUCUACCAAGCCAAAAGUCGGGGUGCAGGCACAGCUGCUAGUGGAGGAAGAGCAGUCGCAAUCAGAAAUCCAUAUAUCAAAAUUUUGGGCAUACAAGCUGCGCUGGACGGGAAUCCCAUGAACAACACCGUGCUCUUUACGGAUGAGGAAGAAGAGGAAUUUCUGACACUCAGCCGGCGCCCUGACCUUUACGAGGUUUUCACCAAGUCUAUUGCCCCGAGUAUUUACGGAAAUGAGGACAUCAAGAAGGCUAUAGUGUGCCUGCUCAUGGGCGGCUCCAAAAAGUUGCUUCCGGAUGGGAUGCGCUUAAGAGGUGAUAUAAACGUUCUGUUGCUUGGUGAUCCAGGUACCGCUAAAUCGCAACUGUUGAAGUUUGUUGAAAAGGUCAGCCCCAUCGCAGUCUAUACCUCAGGUAAAGGCUCCUCUGCGGCUGGUUUGACCGCAUCUGUUCAACGUGAUCCAGCCACUCGGGAGUUCUAUCUUGAAGGAGGUGCCAUGGUGCUGGCUGAUGGUGGCGUCGUUUGUAUCGAUGAAUUUGAUAAGAUGAGAGAUGAAGAUCGAGUCGCCAUUCAUGAAGCUAUGGAACAACAGACAAUUUCUAUCGCCAAGGCAGGUAUAACUACUGUCUUGAACUCCAGGACGAGUGUAUUGGCUGCUGCAAACCCAAUUUAUGGUCGUUAUGACGAUCUCAAAUCUCCAGGCGAAAACAUUGACUUCCAAUCCACAAUUCUGUCUCGUUUUGAUAUGAUUUUCAUUGUUAAAGAUCACCACAACGAGGAACGAGACAUAUCCAUUGCUAAUCACGUCAUGAAUAUUCACACAGGUAGGACGGCAAUCAACGACGAGGAGCAGGAGGCUGCCGGGGCUGAGAUCCCAAUUGAAAAAAUGAAGCGCUAUAUUACAUACUGCCGAAUGAAAAGUGCCCCUCGGCUAUCCCCACAGGCUGCCGAAAAGCUAUCAUCUCAUUUUGUUGGCAUAAGGAAGAAGCUGCUCAUCAAUGAGCUACAGAGUGAACAAAGAUCUUCAAUCCCAAUCACAGUACGUCAGCUUGAGGCCAUUAUUCGUAUCACAGAGUCACUUGCGAAGUUGGAGUUAAGUCCAGUCGCCCAUGAAAGGCACGUUGAUGAAGCUAUUCGCCUGUUUCAGGCUUCGACUAUGGACGCUGCAUCUCAAGACCCAAUUGGUGGCUUAGGUCAGAAUCCAGACCUUGUGCAAGAUGUCAGGCGUAUAGAGGAAGAGCUGAAGAGACGUCUGCCCGUCGGCUGGUCCACGAGCUAUCAAACUCUGCGGAGAGAGUUUUGUGAACAAAAGAACUAUGCGGCACCUGCGUUAGACAGGGCGCUCUACAUUUUGGAGCGCCAUGGUACAAUACAACUGCGCUACCAAGGUCAAAAUAUUUACAGAAGCGGUGCUUAG